CGGCGGCCGGGCGGCGUGGCGGGGGCUUGGGGCGGCCCCCCGCGCCCGGGCGGGACGGGCCGCCCGCCGCCGAGCUGGUGCGGCCCUCGGUCACCGAGCUGUCCCAAGUGCGGACCAACAUCCUGUGCACCGUGCCGGGCUGCGGGAAGGUGCUGCCCAACAGCCCGGCCCUCAACAUGCACCUCUGCAAGGCGCACCCGCUGCAGGAUGGAAAACUUAAUGCACCAAUAAGGAAGGGUUUGAAAACGUCACAGAAAUUCUACUGCUGUCCUAUUGAAGGCUGCCCUAGAGGACCAAACAGACCAUUUUCCCAGUUUUCUCUUGUCAAACAGCACUUUAUGAAAAUGCACGCCGAGAAGAAGCACAAAUGUGACAAAUGCAGUAACUCCUACGGUACAGAGUGGUAUUUGAAACGCCACAUCGAGGUCUGUGGCAAGACUUUCCAGUGUACCUGUGGGUGCCCCUAUGCCAGCAGAACAGCGCUGCUGUCUCACAUUUACAGAACUGGCCACGAAAUCCCUGCAGAGCACAGGGACCCUCCCAGUAAGAAAAGGAAAAUGGAAACCUCUGCUCAUAAUCAGCAGCUGGCAGAGAAAGCAAACGAGGCGUUCCUCAGUACUCACAGUGCUGCUCCUGGCGCUCAGGAACUGGAGUCCUCUGAAGUGAAAGCAGUGGCCUCUCUUGAAGGCUCCCACAGCUCCAGCUUCACAAACCAAAUGCAGCCCAAGUGCACCCCGAAGAUGCUUUUGCCCAAGCCCAAGGUGGCUUUGGUUAAAGUGCCCGUGAUGCAGGUUGCUCACCUGCCUGUUUAUGUGUCUGCAACGGACCCUUCUGUCAAACCUGCUGUGGUGGCUGUGGAUAAUCGAGGUUCAGUUGUAAGUACUGUUCACCUGUUGCCUCAGUCUAUAGGAAUUCUGAUUCCAGCCCUGGAGGCAGAAACCCUGGUGUUCAAAGACAGUAUGCCUGUUUCCAAAGUGACAGGUGCUGGUGGUCGGGAGCCGGUGAGUACUGGUGUGCAGGUGGAGCUGGACAAGGUUCCAUCCAGUAACACAGGGCAAGAGAUGGGCAACGUUUGUCACAAGAACAAAAUUUCUUCCAUAAAUAUACAGACUGACUUAUCUUAUAUUUCCCAGAACUUUGUCCCAGCUGCAGCCUGGACUCCCAACUCUUGUGUGUCCUCUUGCUCUCAGACAGAUCUGUCCUUCAGUUCCCAGGUUUCCUUGCCCAUCAGUGUGCAGACACAGACACUGCUGCCUGCUUCCAAACUGACUUCAUCCAUAGCUGCUCAGACUGAUGCUUUCAGUCAGGGGUGCUUCCCAACGUGUGGCAUUUCCAGAGAGACUCAAACCAGUAGGUCACAGGACUGUAUUGAUGGAAGAGUUCAGAUGGACCAGGCUGUCACGUGCAGUGACAUCUUUGACAAUGUUCCUCCGUCAUACAAUGUUUCUACUCACAUUGAACUUCCAGAAAACAAUUUAAUGCCUGCAAAUAUAGAUCAAACCUUGCUGCAAAGAACUAAUUGCAAGAGCCUGAAUCAGGACACGGUGAAGUCCGAAUCCCUGAUCGGCUUCAAUUCACAGACUAAUAUACUUCCACCUCAAAAUACAACAGAUAAUCAAACCCAAACCAUGGACCUGCUAAGUGAUCUGGAAAACAUCUUUUCAGGAAACAUGUCUGGCCAGACACUGGAUAAUCGUGGCCUUUUGUCCGAGACAAGUUCUAAUGCUGACACACAUCUGCCAUCUGCUCCCUCCCAGAGCACGGGCAUAGACUUCGACAUUGAAGAGUUCUUUUCAGCAUCCAAUAUCCAAACUCAGACUGAAGAGAGUGAGCUUGGUACCCUGAACUCUGAGCCGGUUUUGGAGUCACUGGACAUUGAAACUCAGACUGAUUUCUUGUUCUCAGAUAGUGCCACUCAAUCCUACAACUGCCGAGGCAGUUCUAACUUCCUAGGUUUGGAGAUGUUUGACACGCAGACCCAGACAGACCUGAAUUUCUUUUUGGACAGCACUACCCACCUGCCUUUAGGAAGCAUUCUGAAGCAGUCCAGUUUCUCCAUGAGCACUGACUCAUCUGAUACAGAGACCCAGACAGAAGUGUAUAUGAUGGCUACUAAAACCACACCUGCUCAGAACAUGGAAAGCAAAGUCCAGCUCAGCAGUGCUGAGACACAGACUAUGGACAGCUGCUUCGAGAACCUGGGCAGUUUGUUCCUCACCAGCAAUGAGACACAGACAGCAAUGGAUGAUUUCCUGCUGGCUGACUUAGCCUGGAACACCAUGGAGUCCCAGUUCAGCUCCGUGGAGACCCAGACCUGUGAAGAGCUGUGCUCCUUGUUCCAGAGCUCUGACAAGCCCAGCCACUGAGUGCUACGUGAUGGUUUGAAUUUAAGUUAUUGGGGUGGGAGAGAAUGGCUUUACCAAGUGAUCCACUUUGCAUUAUUGAAUGUAGUUGUCACGAGCAGUUGACCUAAGAGACUUUUCAUGCUGAAGGUACUCAUUGAAUAUGUAACUUUACAUAAACUAUGUGUGUAUAAAUGGGGGGGGAGGGGAGGGAGGGGGCUGUAACAUGUCGAUGUACAUUUGAACCUUAAAAAUUAUGUGGUGCCUAUGUUUUCUCCUCAAACUUCUUUACAAAGCUGUUACUGCUUUCAUUUAAAUGGAAGAACUUUUUCAAGUUGUUCUCUCUAUCUCCCUCUCUCUCUAUUCCUGGCUUACAUGCAGGGUUCCCAUGUGCUGGACCAAAACCCUGACCUGUUCAGUUGAGAUGCUUCCCUGAACUUACGGGGGAGGAUUCUAUUUUUAGUGUAAGCUACUUCUGUUUACUUUUUUUAGGAGCUUGUGUUUUAAAUCCGGUGUGAACAUAGUAAGCCGUAUUGUCUUCUUUUACUUUCUGCCUCCACAGCUCUUUCUCCUGCAUAAGCUGGCACUUCCCAAAUACCUGUCCUACACAUUAGACACAGAGAGAUUCUCGAAUCUUUGAACAUAUUUAUUAUUUAAAAUAUCUAGAAAGCAGUACUUUUUUUUUUUUGUCUUUUUUUCUCUCCCUGAGUGGCACUGAUGCCCUUUGAAGGGUAGGAAAAGAACUUGGAGUUCGUAGUUCUAGGGAAAAUAAUUAGUCUGUUGUCCUUUUAGCUGAGGUAAUAAAUGGGACUAACUUUUUUUUAGAGUCUCCAGGGGAGGAUUUGCUUAAAUUAUUUCUGUCUGUAAGAUACAAAUGUUACAAUGUGUGUGCCUCAGAGACUGGAAUCAUUUGUUUUCGCUGAAGUUCUCUUAGCUUUACUGAGAUACAAGUUGAGAAAUGUUACAGUGGUUUAUACCUCUUAUUACCUUCACAGAAAUCUUUAAAAAUGGGAAAUUAAAUUCCUUAAAACACCCACUCACCUCGACUCCUGUUUUUGGACUUCCUGCUUCCAAAAACAAUUGGAAUCCACACGGCAGAGCUGGGAAAUCAGCUCACGGAAGCCCUUUCAGAACAGCUCUAUCUUGCUUUUUGCACGUUGAUUUGCAGCCCUCAGUUCCUGCAGCUUGUAGAGUGUAGCCAAAUUCACACAACCUGAUUUGUCAGAGAAACAUAAAAACCUCUCGGAAUCCUUUUUUUAAUGUUUAUGUUGCCCCUCAUGCCACUGUUUGCGGUGUUUUCCGUUCGUGUGAGAAUGCAUAACUCGUGAAUGUAUGUUGGAACUUGGCCUUAAGUAGUUUUUAUUACAAUAUCUGUGAAAUGUAGGCCUCAGGUUUUGUCCUGGACAGGUUUUAGCUUCUGUAACCUUAAAGGAAAGAGAAACCUCUUCGUGUCAAAUCCCUGGGCCUGUAACAGAGUUUACUCCUCCGCUGUCAGGGGAGAAAUGCUGGCUGUGUUUUUGCUGUGCAGCCCAUCAGCAGAUGGAUGUCCAAGCCUUAGGUUCUGAGGACUCACAAUGCUUUGUGCUGCACAUUCUCAACUCGAGGAUGUGGGAGUUGAGUUACUCAUCCAUUGCAGGCAGCUUGUUUUGGUUGAAAAUGAGCAAUACCUUUCUUCUUUCCUAUUUUUUGUCUCUUCCUAACAUGCUUUAAAUUGCCAUAGUUAACAUGCUAAUAUGGUGAGCAUUUCUACCCUUACUGGAAAUCAUUUCUUUAGAUUAACCCUGAAACUCACAUUUUUCCUCCUGAAAUCCCAGCUGUGUUGCCUGUUUAAUUUUUCAGCAUUUCUAGGUACGAGUUCAGGCACUUCCAGGCUUUGGCUGGAGGAACUGGAGAAAGGAAUCUUGCAGUUCCCCAGGAGCACAGUAAUUCUGCUGGGGGAAAAGUCCCCCCCAGGUUUCCCUGAGUUCUGAGCUGAAAGGUGGGAUAUAUUAAAAAAAAGGAAGGGAUCACUUGUAAUUUUGUUUGUUCUGAAGGUAUGACUGUUUUAUAUUUACCUGCCUACUCUGAAAUUGGGAAAUAAGAUAACAAAAUUAGGUUAAUUUAUUUUGUGGGUUUUUUCUGUUGCAUCUCUACAUUUCAAAGUGGUUUUCCUACUCCUUUCUUCCCCUGGAUGGAAUACCAGAGAACACUUCUUUCUAUGUUUCCCACAGAAAUGGAGGAAAGAGAAGGAGUUACUAUGAAUCUGAUUGGGGAAAAGGGUAUUUUCCUCAACUGGCAAGAAUGAGGAACUUCUUUAGCUCUGGAUUUAGAAAAUCAGUCUUCUUUUCUGCAAGAGAAGGAAUCUGAGGUGCUGAAGAGCAGAACUGCAGAGAGGUUUGAGUUGUAGCCAUCUGAGAGACCAGCUGGCAUUUAAAGUACUUUGAAACUAAUUUACAAAUUAGAGUGAUAAUUGCCAUGUUCUUAUGGUGAAAGCCAUAGUUCAUAAUUCUUAACAUUGGGGACCUCCAGAAAAAAAAAUACAGGUUUAUGUGGACAACUUUACAAUGUAAUCAUUACCCAAUUAUUGUACUUUGUAAUUCUUUAUAAGUAUUUAUGAGCUUUGUGUGUUUUACUAGAACAUGCACAUCAGAAUGGUGUCACUCAUCCUAUGGGUUUAAAAUAAUUUGAACUUUAAAUUGGUGAACACAGUGCUACAACAUGAAACCAUUUACUGAAACUGCAGUACUAAGAAGUAAUUAAAUCUGUCUGCACUAUCUUAGGGAAGUGGCUCAUUCUGACCAAAAUUAACGUUUUUCUUCGCAGAUUUGGUUCUCCAUAAGUUAUUCAUAGCAGUCAGAAACAGGUCUGGAUCCUGUGUUGCUGGCCUAAGUCACUCAGUUUGGGUUUAUGAAGUAUUUUUGUGAAAAUGUGGAGACUGCCACCAGACUUCACAGUUUGGUGACUCCCACGGUAAACGCCGUGAAACCUGAUCUGAAAUGCUGAAUAUUGUGAUUUCCUCCCAUCUGAACAAGUUCUUGGAAAGGGCCGAUUUUCUAUUUUCACCAUUAUUGUUAAAAAUAAACUUCAGUCAGAAGUGUUUCUUGGUAGAGCUAAAAUGAUAUUUAUCUCCCUUCCUCUGCAGUUUGUCUCUGAUUUGGUUUUCGAGGCACUGUCUCUGUUGUAAGGAUUGCUCAGCAGUGACUCCUUUACUUACUCUCUUCUGUAUCCUCUGCUGCCCUUAGAGCUGCUCUUCAGAAAGCAACAUCAGAUUCUCCACAGCCUUUUUAGCACAAUUGUGUAUCUGGAAGGGAUGCAAAUGUUCCUUGUGCUUGCUCUGUGCAUUUCCUGCUCAAUCCCAUUGGGAUUGCUGCAUCUUGACCUGGGUGCCUGUGUAACACUGUUCUAAAACUGAAUAUUUGUUUGUCACAAUGCUAAAAGUUUGGAUGACAGGAGAUGUUUCUUCUGCUUGUGGCUUUAUUUCCAUCUGUUUCUGCUAAUACACUUAUAAAUACUUUCUGCUGGGGGUAGGGAGGGAGUCCCCACCCCCAACUCUUUGUGUUGGCCUAGAAAAAUUGGUAGUUUCAAGUCAGAGUUUGCUAAUGCUACCCAUUCUUAGCUAUGCAAAGCUGCUUGUUUCUAGAAAUUGUUAACUUCCAAAGGGUAUGACAGCAUUUAAAAAAAUGUAUAUAUACCUGCAGCUGGAAAUUAAACAGCUGGAAAACAAGCCUUGUGAGACCUCGUCUAGUUCUGAACAAUCCAGCCAGUGUCUGUAACUUAAUGUAAGUAACUGCUUACAGAUUUUUAUUCCAAGGCUCAAACACAGCCAUUUUUUUUCUGUUGACAACAAGAGGCUGAAUUUCCCUGUUUGUCACACGGACCUUGAUUGUGUGUGAGGGGCAAGAGAACAAAGAAUGCCUUCCCCUGUGCUCAGUCCUUCUGCUGCUGGCACCUGCUCAUGGCUGAUUGAUUUUCCUGAGAGGUUGGGUAGAAAUGUGAGUGUUGGCAGGAUUGGGAUCUUAAAGGGUUAGGAGAUUUUAUUUAUUUAUUUUUUCAGUAUCCUUUCAGAUGUAGGGUAAGUCAAUAGAACUGAUACUGAAUCAACAGAGGGUGCUCAACUUGCAAAAGAAACAUGUUCCUGAAAUGACAGCUUUGGUGAACCAAAUGUACUUGCCUUUGUUGUUAAGGUUGUACAGCUUCCUUUGCUUUAAUACAUUUCUGACUUGUGCUGGUUUUUUAAACAUGAUCUUAAUGUACAAUUCACUGCUCCAAAUACAUUCACACCAAAACGUUGGUAACAUUCUGGGCCUUGCAAGCUUUUCUCAUUCCUUUUUUUGGUUUAAGGUGCUGCUAUGAUGUGUCCUGGUAGAACUGGGCCUCCUGUGAACACUAGGAGGAUGUUGAGUGGUAGCAAUCUGCAGUGCAAGGUGCAAACGUGCAUCCUCCGUUUGUUUUGUUGGGUUUUUUUUAAGAGCUGGUGUGGUUUUUUUCAGUGUGUGCUGGAAGGACUUGGCUGCUUUAGGACAUGCCUGAAUUCUCCUGUUUAAAAUGCCAUUGCUGUGCAAUGACCAGAAGCCAGGGAGGUGAAUGAGUGAGGGAAUGGUUGUGUCUGUGUGAGUGGCUCUUCCCCUCGAGCGCGGACGGCAGCGAACGGCCCGGAUCGCCGGGAGCUCCUGAAGGAACUGCCGAGCUAAAUAACAGAAAUCCCUGUAUUUGGGAUCCUUUCUCACAUGCUGGCUUUACAGAACCUUCAGCCAGAUAACAGAUGACUUGUGCUGAUGCAAACUGUGCAUUUCACAACAGCCAGUGCCUUACAGGCCUGGCUCCAGCACCUGCAUGCAGAGCUACAGCGGCAGCACUUCCAUCUGCAGGUACUUGCAAGUGCAUCUGUGACAAAGCUAGAUAUGAAAGCCAUAUUUCUACAGCUUAAAGAAUUCAGCAGCUGAUUAGGAUCUUGCUGAAACUUGGGAUUGUUUUGAAUGGAUGAGUAAUAAACCUCAUGGGUGAGUCCUUCCCCAAGCAUGUGUGAGCUGAUCUCAGCAAGGCUGAGAAAUGUCCUUAAAAUAUUUUUCUUUUCAUCACCAGUGGGAUUUUUUUAUUUAGUGGACAAAUUUAGUUUCCAAAGGAUGUUCACGUGUAAUUCUUGCUGUUUAAGCCAGUAAACUUGCAAUGAGCAAAGUCAAGCAUUCAUUUCUUAGACCUAUUUUACAAGUGACAAUCCCAAAGAAGGAAUGUUGUCCUAGUAACUGUGAAACUUUUAAGUAUGUUAUUGCAUGCAGAGAAAACCUUGUGCCAAAAUACUGUUUCAUAUUUCCCUCUGUUGGAAACUGAAGUGUUACACAAAGCUACGAGUAAGUUAUUCACAGGUAUUGAAACGUUUUGUUCACAAAUGAAGCACUUAUUUAGUCCUGUAAAUUAUACAUAUUUUGGAAUAAAGUUAACUUCAAUCA